CCCCGAACUAGUCCGCCCUUGAUCUUCAGAUGUGAUCGUGUUUGGCAUCACACACACCGACCCGAAAUGGGGGGUUGUCUCGGCCUGGCCGUCUCCAUGUCUCCGGGGGAGCUGGGAGCUAUAAGGCCUCGUUGGCCGCCACCCUAGUUAGUAGUUUUUUUUAAGCAUCACAGAGCUUUGAGCUUCCCCUCCUUCUACUCUAUUACUUUCUCGAUCUGUCAAUUUGUGCUUGUGAAGCUAUAUCAUCAUAGCUAAAGCUAUAGCUUGCUCGUGUCAAAACCAUUGCGCUACGAGCUACGGAGUACUCUUGAUCCUUUUUUCAACACAUGUCGAGUGCCGACCAUGUCACUGAGCAUGCAGGGUUCCGGAAGAGAGUGCUGGGAAAACUCUCCACUUAUGGACCUACACGAUCAUUGCUCGCGAGAGCAGCAUCCUGCUACAAGAUCCAUCCCGCUCGACGCUGAACGCUCGUCCGACAGACGCGAGCCCCGUCACCCCACCCAAGACGAGGGCAUGAUCGAUGCCGAUGCCGAACCAUCGCCCCUCCCGGACCCCGAAUUCGGCCGCCUCGACACUACAGGCUGGUACCCGCACUACAAACAAUGUGUCCAGUAUUUUCUCGAAGCCGGCCAACACAAUCCAUCCGUCCAAUCUAUUGCCGCAUUCAUUAAUAUCCGUCUCCCGUUCCAACGACCCGAAGACCAACAGCAGCAACUCCAAGCUCAAUCUCAAUCUCAAGCUCAGAUCCACUCUCCCUCUUUUAUCUCUCUACGACCUUACGUCCGCCGCCUGAUAAUCACCGCGCAAGACUCCCCACCCAUCAUGACAGCCUUUUUCGGCCCAGAUUGGCCCGCCGGCGUGGGUGUGCUCUACAAACAAGAGCGCGCAAACUAUCUAUUUACGGCGAAGAGUAGUGGUUGGGCGCAGACGAAGGCUGCUUAUGAUAUUCUUCCGGAUGAACAGGCGCCUUUCCUGCGGCCGCUGAGGGAUCCUGAGGAGGAGGAGAUUCGGGCUGCGGAGGCGAGGUGGAGUGAAUGGCUUGCUAUGGAGGAUUGGAUGGUCGGUGCCAGGAGUCCCUGGUAAGCAAGACAAGCAAAAGUGUUGGGUACUUUCUUGCCGAGGUGGAUGGUGAUGAUGAUCGCCCGCGUGGGAGAAGACUGGGGUCAGUCAGGGUGGUACUGGUACUUGGUACGUGGUACUAUUGUCCAGGGACCAACCCUGGGAUCUGGGAUGAUGAUGGUUCCGACUACUUGGUUCCUGGGGCUAAUUAUGAGACAUGACUGUUUGAUUGGUUUUUUUUUCUUAUGUUACUGUGUUUCAUUUGUGGGUGGUUUGUGGUUUUUUUUUUGUUGCUCUCCUAUGUCAGUUUCCUUUUGUUUUUGAUUUUCUCCCUUUUCUGUUAUUUCUUUUGUUCUCCCCCUUCCCGUGACGAAUGAUCGUGAUGUGACGGCUCCAAAAAGGAUUCGGCCUCGUGCCGUCUGGCGUUUUCUCCGGCGUUGCAGAUAGUUUUCUUAUUUAUGACUGGCGGUGGAUGUUUCUUUCUCAUGGAAAAUACUAGUCAUGUUGAUGAUUUCGGAG